AUGGACCUUGUUGCUGGAGUGCGCAAAGAAGGCAGCCGCGGCGGCCGCAAUGAAUUCAAAUGGUCCGAUGUCAAGGACUCCGCCCAUCGCGAGAACUACCUGGGCCAUUCAGUAAUGGCCCCGGUCGGCAGAUGGCAGCAAAACCGCGACCUACAAUGGUACGCAAAAGGUGACGGUGAAGAUGAAGAAGAACGACUGAGAAAGGAGCGAGAGGAGCUCCAGCGUGUCAAGGACGCCGAGGAGGAAGCUAUGGCCGUCGCCCUAGGUCUUCCCGUGCUUCCAAAAGCCUCUGAAAACGCAAAUAUGGUUCCUCUUGGAGGGAACGGAAGUAAAAACACGCAACUGAAGGAUGAGGAAAUGCCGGACGCCGGGGCGAGGGAGAAGGAGCACCCCGGAGCCCACGACGAGAAAGGAGACACGAUCGCAGUGAAGACCAUGGUCGUGAAAAGGAUCGCAGACACCGACGACACCACGAUGACAGAGAACGUCAUCAUCGCAGCCAUCGACACAGAUCCCGGUCACGAUCUCGCGGUAGAGAUCACCACAGACGCCGGUCAGCGUCCCGCUCUAGAAGUCGACCCGGUCGCAAAGAUGAAGAACACCAGAGACGUCGACGUGCGGAGCGUAGCUACUCUCCAGCUGAGCGCCGGCGUCAUCCCGAACGCAGAAGGGACCGUGACGAUCGUGAUCGCCGACAUUGAGCUACGACAAGGGAUACAGAUUGACUACAUUAGCCUGGCGUUGGAGGACUUGUUUCACAUGGCGAUUAUGAACCGGCUCUCGCAACGAUCACUAUAUAUCUAA